GUGCUCACUAUUCUAAUCGGCUGCAAAAGUACUGGUCGCCAUUAUCGAUUUGUGGCAAAAAAAGAAGAAAAAAAUAGAGAAUUAAAGAUCGCGUUACAGCGUUACGCACCGGCUAAAGAGCGCAUUAAACGCGGUGUAAAAAUUAAUUAGUGCAGUAAAAAAAUCGAAUGAAAAGUUUGUGGUGCGCCAGCUAGUCGUGUUUUAUUUUUCGUUAAGCAUUUGCCACAACAACUAAUCAAUAUCAAUACGUCUCCCUGCCUCUGAGUGUGCGUGUGUGUGUUCGUGUGCGUGUACUGGCCUGUCUCACAGUGUAUGUGUAUGUGUGUGCUGUUUGGUCCAUUCUUUGGUGCACAUAAUCAAAUUAGAUUGGAUAUAUAACUAGUGUUAAUUAAGUGAAACCAACAACAACAAAAACAGCUUCAUCAUGACUAUGGCUGGGCAAACAAUCAACGACAGGCUGCUGGCUGCUCGUCACAGCCUUGCGGGCCAAGGACUCGCCAAAUCAGUGUGCAAGGCCACAACUGAGGAAUGCAUCGGGCCGAAGAAGAAGCAUUUAGAUUAUCUGGUGCACUGCACUAACGAACCGAAUGUCUCGAUACCCCAUUUGGCCAAUUUACUUAUCGAGCGCUCGCAGAAUGCCAACUGGGUGGUCGUCUAUAAAUCGCUGAUAACCACGCAUCAUUUGAUGGCGUACGGCAAUGAGCGUUUCAUGCAAUAUCUCGCCUCGAGCAACUCAACAUUUAAUCUCAGCUCCUUUCUGGACAAAGGAACUGUGCAAGAUGGUGGCAUGGGCGUUCCAGGUGGCAGAAUGGGCUAUGAUAUGUCGCCCUUCAUAAGACGCUAUGCCAAAUAUUUGAAUGAGAAGUCGCUCUCGUAUCGCGCCAUGGCUUUCGAUUUUUGCAAAGUGAAGCGUGGGAAAGAGGAGGGCUCCUUGCGUAAUAUGAAUGCGGAGAAACUUUUGAAGACGCUGCCAGUGUUGCAGGCUCAAUUGGAUGCACUUCUGGAGUUCGACUGUCAAUCCAAUGAUUUGACUAACGGCGUCAUCAAUAUGAGCUUCAUGCUGCUGUUCCGUGACUUAAUUCGUCUGUUUGCCUGCUAUAAUGAUGGCAUUAUCAAUUUACUGGAGAAAUACUUUGACAUGAACAAGAAGCAUGCACGCGAUGCUCUAGACUUGUACAAAAAGUUUUUGGUUCGCAUGGAUCGUGUGGGGGAAUUCCUAAAAGUGGCCGAGAAUGUUGGCAUUGAUAAGGGCGAUAUCCCCGAUUUGACAAAGGCGCCCAGCUCUUUGCUAGAUGCCUUGGAGCAGCAUUUGGCCACGCUGGAGGGUCGCAAGGUCUCUGCGGCCAAUACGCCCACACAAUCGUCGAGCUAUCAACGCACAAAUGUUAAAUCCGCUGUCUCUGCACUCUCUUCAACUAGCUCGGCAUUUGGCACUGCGGCAGCAUCUAGUAAAUUUGAUACCUCCAAUGGCAUCGAUGAGCAGCUGAAGGCCCAGGUGCUGGCUGAGGAGGAGGCCGCCAUGAAUCAGUACAAAUCCAAGGUAUCGUCGCCCACUAGCAGCGGUGCUGGUGGUGCUAGCGCUGCACUAACAAAUCCAUUCCUAUCGUCACCGCCAGCCGCCCAGGCUGGUCAGCCGAUAGUUGAUCUGUUUGGUGCCGCGUCGGCACAGCCCGCUGCUGCUGCAGCAGCAUCUGGCGCUUCACAGGCGCUUGCCACAAAGGCGUCCGACGAUUUGCUGCAGCUGGGCAAUCCGUUUGCCGACAUGUUCGAGGCCAGUGGCAACAGUGUGGCAGCUGCCACCACCGGAGCAACAGGUGCUGCACUCAAUGCCAAUAAUUUAUGGAUGCAUAAUAACGGUUUCAAUGGCUCUACAGUUUCCUCCGCUGCUGCUACAAAUGCAUUCGUUUCCGAUAGUAAUUUUACGUCCGUUUUCGGUAAUACGGAACCAACAGCCGCGUCGUCAGCCCCGUUGCCAAAUCCCUUUUUCGAUGAUGCCGUUGUCUAUGGCCAGCUUGGGGAGCCACAGUAUCAGCCACAACAACAGCAACAGCAACUACAACAACAGCAACAGCAGGCCGCAUUAUUUUAUAUGCAACAACAACAACAACAGCAGCGGCUGCAACAGCAGCAGCAACAACAACAACAGCAAGAGCUGGCCUUAUUAACAACUUCCACGAUGUCUCCAUUCCCCACAGGCUUUGAUGCUUUGGGCGAUGUUCUGAAACCGGCCACAGCCAACAGCAAUCAAAUGAAUGUUGUCGCCGCAGGUGCCGCUUACCAGGGCUUCAAUGCCAGCAGUCCGGCCCUAACAUUGCAACAGCAACAACAAAUGAAUACACAACAGCAGCAGUUACUCAUACAGCAACAACAACAGCAGCAGCAACAACACCAACAACAACAGCAACAACAACCAGCUGGCACUGGCAAGAUAAUAACGGGCGACCUGGAUAGUUCACUAAUGUCCCUAGUUGAUAAUUUAAAUAUAAAUAAAACAGCGAGUGCAAAACCCGUGCAAUGGAAUUCACCUAAAAAUACAGCGAAACCAGGUGCUAAUUGGACACCUCAACCAAUGGCGGCUACAACUGGUGCUGGCUAUCGUCCAAUGGCACAUGGCAUGACCGUAAGUCCUGCGCCAAUCACAAUCAAUCAUCCGUAUAUACAUGCUAGUUAUCCUGUUAUGCCAAAUUAUAUGCAGGGCAUGCCGGUGAUGGGGCAGCAGCCGAGUAUGCUGCCACAAGCAGCCCCUUUGACUGGGGGGCAGCCGACGAUGAUGGGCGUGGCGCACAGUAAUGCGACGGUGCCAGCAGCGACAGGGAUCAUGCAACCCACGCAGGCGACGCAGAAUGGAGGCAAUAAAAAUGUACCACUCGAUCCAUUUGGGGCGUUAUAAGGCGCCACCUCAACACACCCACACACACAAACACAUAAGGAGACACACACAAACACACACAUGCACACAUUAAGCGCUAUAACCUCAUAGACAACAUUACAAAUACACACACACACACACACACAGAGAAUACAUAAUAUAUGAAUAUAUAUUUGCAGAUAUUAUAAAAAGAUUAAAGAAAAUUCAAAUUGAACACAAAAGUAAGAAAUUAUAAAUGUUUACACUAUGCUACAAACGAAAUGAAAACGCUAAGAAUUCUAUUAUAAUGUUGAACAAGCAUACAUACACACAUACACAAAUUGCUAUAUACAUAUAUACAUAUAUAUACAUAUACAUAUAUAUUUAUAUUAUUACUAUAAAACGUAAAAUGAGUUUGACUAUUUAUAUGUAUACAACAAUUUAUAUAACUUGUAUGCAAGAAUUUCCAUAAUUAGCUAAAGUGAAACCGAAAGCAAAUAUAAAAACGAAACGUAAAAAAAACAAAAAACAUAGUAGCCUAUGUGAAAUAUACCUACAUACAUAUGUGUAAAUCCUACAUAUUAAGUGUAAGCAAGAACCUGUAGUUGUGUCCUACGCCAAUCACUAAACCUAAAGCUAAAGCUAAAAACGAAACACACGUCAAAUGGAAUCUGUUAAAUACUGAAAUUUAUUGUACACUAUCGGAAAUUAUUGAAAUCCUUGUAGACGCCAUAAAGCUAUAAACUAUGUUACAAUUAUGCUUAGAUGAGAGCGUAUUUGAGCCUCUUAAACAAUUUGCAAUAUUUUAAACCGUUUAUAAAUCUAUUAGUUUCCUAUUGUUAUCUUUAGUCGAUUUUUUCAGACGUUUAGUUUUUGUUUAUUGUUAAAAAACGCGAAAAUGGCAGUAUGGAAAAUGUGGAAAAGAACAGUUAUUCGUAUUUGUAAAAGCAUUCCAAGCUAGUUUCAAUUUGGUCCCAAAUUCAAUUUGUAUAUUUUUAGGUAUUAUUUCAAUUUGCGCUGAGUUGCACUAUUAUAAUUGUAUAUUUAAAGUGAGUGGAAACCAACUUAUAUAUAUUUAUAUUUAUAUAUAUAUAUAUAUUUAUGUGUAUAUGCAUAAUGUUCUAAGGCAUGCGUUGUAUUAGUCAUUUAUGAAAUUGUUUGAUAAACAAACCCAAAAAUUAAACAAAUCAAAUCCAAUCCAAUAUAUAAAAUAAUAUAUAUAUACAUAUACAAUAUAUACAUAUAUAUAUAUAUAUAUAUAUGUAUAUAUAGGUCAUUUAUAAAUUGUUUAAAUAAGCUAAGGGGCGGCAAUACGCUGGAACUGUGUUUAAAUAAAUCUUCGCAUAUAUAAUACACGAGAUAAACGAUUUCUUUUUAUUAUUACUUAUUGUUAAUACUCUUCUGUUGCAGUUGAAUUUGUUUUUUUCUAUGUUUCUCACUUAGCGCUUCUGCAACACGAAUGCAAACUUUUAAGAGCCAACUGCCACACUGAGUUUCCUUUUCGAAUUGUGCUCUUUAGUAUUUAAUUUAAGAGAUCUGAAAUCGAAAUCAUGUACCUAAAGUAUCUCUGACUAAUUUUGCGCUGUGCCUACAAGUAGGCGUUAGUUUCUUGUAAAUCGCGAGAAAUCGCCAAGCGUCGUAGAGUAGGCAACACAAAAUACUCUCUCACACAGACACACUCACAUACACACACACACAGCAAUGCAAUAAUAUUUAGAAGCAACAAUCAUACAUGGAAUUUUCAUGAAAUCUAUAGCUACAAGUAAAGAUCUAACAAAUCAAUGUAAAUUAUAAAUUAUACACUAAAUAUUACUAUAAAUGACAAACAAAAAGAAAAGAUGAAAUGAAAAAAAAAAAAAGAGUUUUAUGACAAUAUUUGUACGCUGCUGUUUGAGCUAAACCUUAACCCAGAACAAAACCUUUAUCUAGGCCUGCGAAGGAGAAAUACAUUCAAGUACUACCUAAACUAAUCAAGUGCGUAUCCAACUCUAUCUACACCUGAGAAUUUCCAAAUGAGAGCGACCACUUGUUGAUGUUUCCAAACCAAAAAAAUCACAAAACUUUGGCAUGAAAGGAAACUGGAAAUGAAAAUUGAAUAUUUACACUAAAAAAAAAAUAAAAUAAAAUAAAA